AUGGCACCUACAGAGCUCCAUGGUCCUGGCGGGCUCUGCCGUUGGCUGCUGCUGCAUCUGCUCCUCCUGCGAUCACUGUUGCCGCUGCCAGUAACCCACACCCUGAGCACUUCAGUCAUCUCAAAGGCCCCUACUACGCUGAGUACCCCCAAGUCCCCCGGUUUGUGGGAGCGUGCACGGGCCCUGAUGCAGAAUUUCCCCUUGGUGGAAGGCCACAACCACUUGCCCCUGCUCCUGAGACAGCUUUUCCAGAACAGGCUACAAGAUGUUAACCUGCGCAAUUUCAGUCGUGGCCAGACCAGUCUGGACAAGCUGAGGGAUGGCCUCGUGGGUGCCCAGUUCUGGUCCGCCUACGCCCCGUGCCUGACACAGGACCGGGAUGCCGUGCUUCUCACCCUCGAGCAGAUCGACCUCAUUCAUCGCAUGUGUGCUUCCUACUCUGAGAUGGAGCUUGUGACCUCAGUUGAAGGUCUGGAAAAAACGCAAAAGCUGGCCUGUCUCAUCGGUGUGGAGGGUGGGCACUCCCUGGACAACAGCCUCUCUGUGCUGCGAAGUUUCUAUCUGCUAGGUGUGCGCUACCUGACACUCACCUUCACCUGCAGCACGCCCUGGGCAGAGAGUGCCACCAAAUAUAAAUACCCCUUCUAUACCAACGUCGUCGGGCUGACAAGCUUUGGUGAGAAGGUGGUAAGGGAAAUGAACCGCCUGGGCAUGAUGGUGGACUUGUCGUAUGCAUCGGACAACUUGGUGCAGCGGGUCCUGACAAUAUCAAAGGCUCCUGUGAUCUUCUCCCACUCAGCUGCCAGGGCUGUGUGUGACAAUUUGUUGAAUGUUCCUGAUAACACCCUGCAACUUUUGAAGAAGAAUGGAGGCAUCGUGAUGGUGACACUGUCCAUGGGGGUGCUGCAUUGCAACCUGUUUGCUAAUGUGUCCACCGUGGCAGAUCACUUUGACCACAUCAGGACAGUCAUUGGAUCUGAGUUCAUCGGGAUUGGUGCAAGUUAUGAUGGGUCUGGCCGGUUCCCAGAGGGGCUGGAGGACGUGUCCACAUACCCGGUCCUGAUAGCGGAGCUGCUGAGGCGCGGCUGGAGUGAGGAAGAGCUUCAAGGUGUCCUCCGAGGAAACCUGCUACGAGUCUUUGGACAGGUGGAACAGGUGAGAGAGAAAAACAGUGGGGAAAGUCCUGUGGAAGAUGAGUUUCCAGCCAGGCAGGUGGGCAGGGCCUGCCACUCCCAUCUCCUAACUCAGUCUCAGAGUGAACACCAGGCCACUCACCAGCAGGUGACCAAGGGGCCACCCAAGAGGCUCUCAAAAGCCUCAACAACCUCCCCAUGCCUUGUUCUAGGCCUCAUGGCCACUGCCACCUGCUUAGUCAUCAACCUGUGA